AUGGUGCUCAAUGGACGAUUGCCCAGAUUAUGCGCGCAGGUCCGAUUGAAAGCGGCGCCUCCCGUCGAGCGCUACGCGCCAAAGGAGCAUCAGAAAAUUGUUUUAUCAGGCAUUCAACCGACGGGUAGUCCUCAUCUCGGCAAUUAUUUUGGCUUUAUUCGCCCGUGGCUUGAUCUUCAAAAGAGUACUUCCGAGUCAACGCCAUUGUUUUUGUCGGUCGUCAACCAGCAUGCCUUGUCGCUAGGCCCUGUUUUACCGGCCGGAAAGCUGAAAAAUAACACUUGGAUUAUGGCGGCUUCGCUACUGGCAUGUGGGGUCGAUCCGACGAGGACUGUUCUUUUUAGACAAAGCGAUAUUCUCGAGAUCUCGCAGAUGAAUUGGAUUCUCAGCUCGCUGCAGACGGUCAAAAAGUUACAACGACUGCCCCAGUAUAAGGAUAAAGCUUCCAAGUUCUCGAAUGGUGUGAUUCCCGUUGGCCUGCUCAUCUACCCCGUGCUACAAUCGGCCGAUGUUUUUACUUUUAAGGGCACCCACAUCCCGGUCGGUGAAGACCAGACUCAGCACAUGAUGUUGAUGCGCGACCUUGCCAUCGCCUUCAACUCGGAGUACGGGAUUGACCACUUCCCGGUGGCCGAGCAGGUGGUGCCCUGCGAGAAGGCCCAUGCCCGCAUCAAAAGUCUUCGGGACCCCGAGGCCAAGAUGAGCAAGAGCGACCCGAGCGGGAAGGGUAGAAUCGAUAUUGGCGACGACGUCAAGCUGGUGCAGCAAAAGUGUAUGAAAGCGCUGAGCAAUACCUACGAAAAGCUGGACUACGAUAGGGUCGGGCUGCCGGCGGUGGCGAAUUUGUUGGACAUCUACUCGGCGGUGUCCGGGAAGCCGGUAGAAGAAAUUGUGGCAACGGGUCGUGAUUGGGAUGUUGUACAGCUCAAGACAAACCUCGCCCAAGCCACCAACGAGUUACUUGGGCCUAUCCACGAGCGUUUGGAGUACUACAAGAAGAACCCGAAAGAGGUCGAAGAUAUCCUGCAGGACAACGCCACCCGGGCCCGUGCCGUUGCCGCCGAGGUGCUCGGGGCAACCAAGGAUAUUGUCGGCCUUCAU